CCCCACAGUUACCUCAGGCUGCCCCCCCCCAAGCCUCCCCCCCCCGCCUGCCAUAGCUGCCUUUCAGGCUAGUUCCGAGUCUCCCCUUCACCCUCCCCAGCUUUCCUCCUCUGCAGCCUCCCCUUCUCGCCCAGCCCUCCUUGCCUCUCCUUCCCCAUGCCGAGCUGUGGGGGGCUCCAUCCCCUCAGUGCCCCCAGUACCUGGUGAGCGCUGCCCCCCACGCGGGGGUGCAGGCCUCGGGGUUAGGCCCUCCCAGGCCCCUCAAGUGAGUGCGUGUGGGGUUGAGCCGGGCCAGGACUUGAAUGGCCUCGGAGGCGGUGAAGGUGAUCGUGCGCUGCCGGCCCAUGAACGUGCGUGAGAGAGCUCUUGGCUGCAAGGCGGUUGUGAGCAUGGAGAGCACCCGGGGCCAGUGCUUCCUCCAGAACCCUGCUGCUGCCGGUGAGCCCCCCAAGCAGUUCACCUUCGAUGGGGCGUACUGCCAGGAGCACAGCACGGAGCAGAUCUACAAUGAGAUUGCCUACCCGCUCGUGGAGGGUGUCACCGAAGGCUACAAUGGCACCAUAUUUGCCUAUGGCCAGACUGGCAGUGGGAAGUCAUUCACCAUGCAGGGAGUUGUGGAGCCUUCUGCACAGAAAGGCAUAAUUCCCAGGGCAUUUGAACACAUUUUUGAGAGUGUGCAGUGUGCUGAAAAUACCAAGUUCUUAGUGAGAGUUUCCUACCUGGAGAUUUACAAUGAAGACAUACGAGACCUACUAGGAGCUGAUACCAAGCAGAAGCUGGAGCUGAAAGAGCACCCAGAGAAGGGGGUGUAUGUGAAGGGGCUCUCUCUGCACACUGUGCACAGUGUGGUACAGUGUGAGCAGCUCAUGGAGAAAGGCUGCAGCAACCGUGCAGUGGGUUACACCCUCAUGAAUAAGGACUCAUCCCGGUCCCACGCCAUCUUCACUGUCAAUAUGGAGAUCUGCACCGUAGAUGAGCAAGGGCUGGACCACCUCAGGGCUGCAAAACUCAGUUUAGUGGAUCUGGCAGGAAGCGAGAGACAGUCAAAAACUCGAGCUGUGGGGGAGCGGCUCAAAGAGGCCAUCAAAAUCAACCUCUCCCUCUCAGCUCUGGGCAACGUCAUCUCAGCCCUGGUUGAUGGCAAGUCUGAGAACAACUAUGAUGAGAGCCUCAGUACAUUGCUCUAUGCUAAUCGAGCCAAAAACAUCAAGAACAAGCCCUGUGUCAAUGAGGACCCCAAGGAUACUCUGCUGAGGGAGUAUCAGGAGGAGAUUAAGAAACUGAAGGCCAUUCUAGCUGAACAGAUGGGCGUGAGUAACUUGGCAGGGCUUCUGCAUGCUGAGACUGCUCACCUGGCAAUGAAAUCGCCUCCCCUCUUCAAACCCCAGGUAGAUCUUGAAGCGGAGAAGCAGCUGAUCAGAGAAGAGUACAACGAGAGACUGGCCCAGCUAAAGGCCAGCUAUGAAGCAGAGCAGGCAUCCCGUGCUCGCCUGGAGGAAGAUAUCAGUAGCCUGAGGACCCACUAUGAUCUCAAGCUGUCUGCUCUGGAGGAGAGCCUCCGGAAGGAAGCAGCUGCCGCAAGGACUGAAACUGCUCCUGAUGAGCCACCUUUGCCCAAAGACACUAUUGCUGCAGUAGGUGAAGAACUAGCAUCAGUCCAGGACCCAGCAGCACCUCAGGCUGUCCAGGACACUGGUGGUGUGAGCAGGAGGAGUGCUGCCACAGGGGUGGCUGUGACUGCUGAGGGGAUGGCCCUGCCUGUGGACCAGCAGCAGGUUCUUGCCAGGCUGCAGGUGCUGGAGCAACAGGUAGUAGGGGGGGAGCAGGCAAAAAACAAGGACCUCAAGGAGAAGCGCAAGCGUCGGAAGAGAUACGCGGAUGAGCGGCACAUGCAGCUGGUGGCCGCGCUGCAGCAGGCGACUGAGGACAGCAGCGACUGGGUGCUGCUCAACGUCUAUGACUCCAUCCACGAGGAGGUUCGAGCCAAGAGCAGGCUUCUGGAGAAGAUGCAGAGAAGGCUACAAGCUGCUGAGACCGAGAUCAAAGACCUGCAGUUGGAGUUUGAACUGGAGAGGAUCAAUUACCUGAGCACCAUCCGCCGCCUGGAGAGAGACCUGAUGCUCUGCCAACAGCUGCUGGAUCAGGUGCAGUUGCUCGUCCGCCAUGACUGCAACUACAGCAACCUGGAGAGGAUCAAGCGUGAAUCCAUCUGGGAUGAGGAAUCUGGCUGCUGGAAAAUUCCAGAGCCCAUCAUCCACAAAAUCCACUUGCCUGCAGUAGUUCCAGCCCUGCCACCGUCCAGACCUUCCCAUGACAGCCCCUUGGCUGAGAGCAGAGAGCCAGCGAUGGAGGAAGACCACUACAAGCUGGUGCUCAACAGGAGUGACAGCGAGACCAUUGCCUCCAACUACUUCCGACCGCGGCGCACCAGCGUCAUCCUGCACCACAACCCGACCCCAAACCGAGCAGCCCCGAGGCCCGAGGGGGCUCUGCGUGCCCGGCCCCGACCCUUUCGCCUCCAGGCCCUGGUUUUCGCUCCCACCACCGCCAGCACCAAGAGCAAGAAGGGUUCCGGCGGCCACCGCCUCCGACCCCGCCACUGCCGACAUUAA